UUUCAAUAUUGAUCCUGUGGCUUGGAGGACCCUGAGUAACUCUGCUGCUGGUUUUGGCUACCAGGUGGUUCAAAGACAAUCAGAUGCCUUUCAGAACACUCAAGGACACUGUCCAGAGCAGUAGUAAGUAGUAAAAAUAGGCAUAAAAGCAGGGAACAUGCACAAUAAUGAGAAACAUAAUAGAAAGAACAGAUUAAAAGUUAGCAGAGUGGACAGGUUAUGUGGAAUAAGCUAUUUUGAACAGGUGAGUUUUGAGACUUCUAGACUUAAAGAGAGAAAAUGAGGUGAUAUUUCUCAUAUCAGGAGGUAGGGAAUUCCAGAGUCGAGGAGCAGAGCAACUGAAGGCCCUGCCCCUCCAUAGUGACAAGACGGUGGGAAGGAACGGAGAGAGAACGAGAAGAAGAGGAUCUGAGGCACCGAGAUGGGAUGGUGAUCUGAACCAAAUCAGAGAGAUAUGGAGGGGAGAGAAGAUGAAUAGUGAAUGUAUACAGAAGUAUUUUAAAGUUGAUGCAAUGUUUGACUGGAGGCCAGUGAAGGUGCUUCAGGACAGGGGUGAUGUGGUGGGAAUCCCAGUGAUAAUAUGGGCAGCAGAGACCUGGACACGUUGAAGCUUAUUGAUGGACUUUUGAGUAAGGCCGAAAAGAAGUGAAUUACAGUAAUCGAUCCGAGAAGUAACAAGGCUAUGAACAAGAAUGGCAGUGGCAUGUGGGGUGAGAAAGGGACGGAGAUGAUUAAUGUUACGCAAUUGGAAAUAUGCAGAGCGAGUAACAUUAUUGAUGUGUGAGUUAAAUGAUAAAUUAAUUCAGCUAAGCAAAAGGUGAGGGAGGAUGGAGGAAGAGUGGACAAAUAAAGCUGGGUGUCAUCAGCAUAACAGUAAAACUGGGGCAAAAAUCAGACUGGAACUGUUCAUAGAGAUUAUUGUUAUUUACCUACAAUUCACUGUCUGGACUUACAUCAUUGACUGGAUUUAUUUCUUUAGUGUGCUCGUCAGUGCCCCAGUGGAACAAUAUUCACAAAAUCGAAGCGGGAAAAUUUAUAACUGCACCACCUCUCCCCCAAACUGCCAAACUAUCCAGUUUGAAGCACCAGAUUAUGCAGUCAACAUGUCGCUUGGUCUGACAAUGAAAAGUGACCCCACAACACAAAACACUGUGGUGUGUGGUCCAACCAUCCCAAAGGACUGCAAAAGUAUCACCAUGUACAAUGGUGUGUGCUUUCAGAUGGACCAUUCUAAUAGGCUUGUUACACCCAUACCACCUUCUCCUCAAGCUUGCCCACCGUUGCAAGCAGACAUUGCUUUUCUGUUGGAUGGUUCAGGCAGCAUAUAUAGUGGAGACUUUCAAAUAAUGAAGACAUUUGUGAAAGCACUAAUUCAGUCAUUUCUCUCAAAUGAAGCACAGUUUUCUGUUACCCAGUUCUCUUGGUCACCGAUUGUCCACUUUUAUUUGAAGAAAUUUACCUCAUCUGGAUCAGUGGGGACUGACGUUGAUGGAAUCAGACAGCUCGAGGGAGCUACUUACACGGCUAAUGCCAUCAGAUAUGUUGUGGAAAAUGUUUUCAUCCCACAAAGAGGUUCCAGACCAAAUGUAAGGAAGGUCUUGAUAGUAAUUACUGAUGGACAAUCUACAGACCCACAAAAUCUCCAAGGGGCUGCACAGCUAGCAGAGAGUAAUAACAUUAUUCGAUUUGCUAUUGGGGUGGGGAAUGCAUUUAACUAUGAGGCAGCAAAACGAGAACUGAGCACCAUUGCAUCGUCUCCCUCAGACAAUCAUGUGUUUCAAGUGGAGAAUUUCAACGCACUUGAAAAAAUAAGACAGGCUCUGCAGGACAAAAUCUUUUCCAUUGAAGGAUCUCAAAGCAGUGGAGAGUCACUGAAAAUGGAAAUGUCUCAAGAGGGAUUCAGUGCAGUUUAUGUGCCUGAGGGAAUUCAGAUGUCUAUUGUUGGUGCAAACCAGUGGAGGGGAGGCUACGUGCAAUACACAACAGGAGGCCAGAAGCUGAAAACAUAUGAGGAUGUGUCUUUGGAGCCUGACAGUUAUCUUGGUUACUCCAUGGCAAUUGCUAAAACCCAAAGUGGCUAUCUGACAGUUGUUGGUGCUCCAAGAUAUAAACACAGAGGAGUUGUGGUUGCUGUUAACAGAGAAAGCUUUGAAAACCAAAAGAUUGAGCCCUUUUCAUCACAGUAUCAGACUGGUGAAUAUUUCGGGGCAGAGGUGUGUACCAUGGACAUAAAUAAUGAUGCCAUAACUGAUCUAAUCUUCAUAUCAGCCCCAAUGUACAUGGAGCCUGAUAGAGAGGGAAGAGUUUAUGUUUGCAGAUUAACUGGUUUGUUUGUGGAGUGUAAUUUUGAUGAUCCAUUAGUACUAAGAGGACAUGCAGCUGUCAAAGGAAGGUUCGGCUCUUCUCUUGCUGUACUGCCUGAUCUAAACUCAGAUGGAUUCAGGGAUUUGGCAGUUGGAGCACCUUUGGAGAAUGAUGGUGAAGGCAGCAUCUACAUAUUUAAUGGUGAAGGAGGAGGAAGAAUCAGUCCUACUUACUCACAGAGAAUUACUGGCUCUGAAGUCCAGUCAGGACUGAAGUUCUUUGGCCUCACAAUCAGUCAGUCGUCUUUUGAUCAUAGUGGUGAUAAACUGCCCGACUUAGCGGUGGGUUCAAAGGGUAGAGCUGUCUUACUGAGAUCAAGACCCAUAGUAAUGAUUGAAGCUGAGGUGUCAUUCAGCCCAAACCAAAUCCCUACUCAGAAUGUAAGCUGCUCAAAACCAUUGGAGAACACAGCUACAGUCUGCUUUACCAUGAGCAGAGUGUCUACAGUUGAUCGAGCUCAAGCAAGAAUUAAUUAUACAUUUACACUGGAUGCCACUCGCAAACCUCCAAACAACCGAGCUUAUAUUAGUGGGAAACAACGAGAGGAGUCUCAAUCAGUCAUUGUUGACUUAAGUACACCAAACUGUUCAACUGUAAACUUCUAUAUUGAGGCCUGCCCAGACGAUGCUCUCAAUCAACUUUCCAAUGAGCUCAAAUUCACAUUUGACGGUUUUCCUUCCGACACAAAUCUCAGACCAAGUCUUGCUCAGCAGGCUCAGACAACAAUAAUUUAUCCUUUGGGUUUUGAGAUCAACUGCGGCACUGACAACAAAUGUGUCGAUGACCUGAAAGUGGAUUUCAACUUCACCGGAUCCUCAGAGGUUAAAGUGGGCAUGGAUGAGCUUUUGAAUGUCACAGUCACAGUGGAGAACAGAGGAGAAAACUCCUACAACAGUCGUGUUAUUCUCACAUAUCCAGCUGGACUCUCCUACAGGAAGUUCACCAUUCAGCAGGGAAGAAUUGAGUGCAAGUCCUUGGACAGUGAAGAUGGUUUAUCACGAGGAAGGACAGACUGCACUAUUGACAAGCCAAUUUUUAAGAGCAAAACUGAGGCUUUCUUCAUUGUCUCCUAUGGGAUUGACACCAACAGUCAACUUGCAAGAAAGAUCUUUGUCACUGCAAAUGUCACCAGUGGAAAUCAGGAGAACACUACUACAAGUGAAAUCUACAAAAUUAAAGAGAUUGCUGUGAAAUACAGCAUUUUUAUGACAUUUGAAAACACCCUCAGCUACAGCAAUUUUACUUUUGGGAUAAAUACUUUGCAGAAACCAGUUCGAAAAUCAGUCACGGUAACAAAUGAUAUCAGAGCGCUUAAUUUCACUGUGGUGAUCAAGGUUCCAGUGAAGCUUGGUGAAAAAGAGAUUUGGGUGAAUUUGAGCAGCCUACAGAUUGCAGACUGUCAGAGAGGAAAUGAUGAAGAACCAAGUGUCACAGAUUUUGUUCCAAAGAUACGAAAGGAUAAAGUGGUGGAUUGCUCUGUAGCCAUGUGCAGAGUGUUCAAGUGCAACACAUUCAUGGGAAGACUGCAGAGUAGGACAUACGAAAUAUCUGCCAACCUCAGUUCAGGAUGGAUAGAGCAGAUUGGAAUUCAAUCUGCUAAAUUCCUCUUGACCAGUACAGCCACUGUGGAGUAUGACAAAGAACAAUACAUCUACUUUUCAACAGGGUCUAACAACAACCCUCCUGUUCGCAAGAUUGUAGCAGAGGUAGAAGUGUACCCUAAGCCAGAUUUCACUAAAGCCAUCAUUGGAGGAUGCCUGGGAGGGUUGGCUAUUCUGGCUUUACUCACUGCUGGCCUGUAUAAGGCUGGGUUUUUCAAGAGCAAAUAUAAACAGAUGAUGAAAGAAAGUGCAGAAGAUGCUCCAGGGAAUGAUGCAAGUGCACUCACAGCAGAAUAAGAAAAUUACAUUUGUAAUUGUACAUUUACUGUAUAUGAAAAAUUUAAGGCCCUUCUGAUAUUUUUCGGAAUGCACAGUGUUUGUAGCAAUGUGCAUACUACCACAUUUGAUUCACUCAACAAAAGAUAGCUUGUUGUGUUUGAAAUCACUCAUUUUCUUGCUCAUUUACUAUUAUCUAUAAUAGAGGCUCCUAGCUCUGUCCUUCCACUACCUUCAAAACUGGGUUAGUAAUGAAUGGAAACGACCCAGAAUAUUAUUUUUUUUUAUAAAUUAUUUUAUGAUCUCCUUCAGGAGCAGAAAACUGCUGAAAUUAAAUUAUCUGAGCAGAAAAAUACAAUUAUCAAUCAAUGGCUUAAACUUCAGACACCUGAGGACAAAGGAGACAAAGUCUGAAUACUCAAAUAAAUGGAUGAGAUUAAAUUGGCUUGUCUGUGAAAGUCCUGUGAUGCAUUAUGGUAUCAGAAUAUCAGAAUCAGAAUCGUGUUUAUUGGCCAAGUAUAUGUGCAGACAAAUACAAGGAAUUUGGUUCCGGUAGA